AUGCCCAGAGAAGCCGAGCCGUCAGCAAAUGAGAAGGCUUUUGUCACACAAGCUCUCAAGGACAACUUGAGACUUGAUGGCCGGGAAUUCGACCAAUACCGAAAAGUUCAACUCACUUUUGGCGAUGAGUAUGGAGUGGCCAACGUAGAGUUGGGUAAGACGAGAGUUCUCGUCAAAGUCUCAGCUGAAGUCACAGUCCCGUACUCGGAUCGUCCCUUUGAGGGCAUUUUCCAAAUCUCUACUGAGCUGAGCCCCAUGGCAUCACCCGCCUUCGAGGUCAAUCGCCCAACCGAGGUUGAGGUCUUGCUCUCCCGUCUCCUAGAGAAGACGAUCCGCCGCUCAGGCGCCCUCGACACCGAGUCACUGUGUCUUGUCGCCGGCCAAAAGGUCUGGUCCGUCCGCGCCGACGUCCACGUCCUUUCCCACGAUGGCAACAUUGUCGACGCGGCCUGCGUUGCCGUCGUUGCCGCUCUCCGCCACUUUCGCAAGCCCGAUACUAGCAACGAGGGCGAGUCGCUCACCAUCUUCACGCCAGCCGAGCGCGAGCCGGUGCCCCUGAGUUGGCUCCACAGCCCCUUCUGCGUAACCUUCAGCUAUUACGGUGACGAGGGUGAGAUCACACUUGUUGACGCCAACUGGCUUGAGGAACAGCUACGGACGAGUAGUAUGACGGUCGGCCUGAACAAGCACGGAGAGAUUAGCCAGAUCUCCAAACUUGGAGGAACCCCAGUGGAGGCGGUGACGUUGCUGCACUGCGGUAAUGUGGCGCUACAGAAGGUCAAGGAAUUCUCGACGUUGGUAGACGAGAAGCUAGCGGAAGACGCGAAGCGGAGGGACAAGGGUGGCCUCAUAUCAGAGCUUUUGUCUGCGGAGAACGACAGAGUAGUAGAUGCAUAA